AUGGGCAAACAAAUGAGGACACAGUCAUCCAACAUCCAAAGCCUCCAGAGUUUAAGCUCUCAGCUUCAGCAACAACUAGCCCAAACCCCCAAAUUUCCAAUCAAGAAAGAGUAUAAAGAUUGUUCUGAAUACAGACUAGAUGGUUAUAAAGACACAGGUUUAUAUAACAUCACACUGAGCCACGCCCUGUCUCAUAACACAGUGUGGUGUGACAUGACCACUGACAAUGGAGGAUGGACGCUGAUACAAAGAAGACAAGAUGGUUCCGUUUACUUUUAUCGUGACUGGGCAGAGUACAAGAACGGUUUUGGUAACAUCGAUGGUGAAUUCUGGCUUGGGAAUGACAACAUCCACUAUCUGACCAAUCAGAAAGAUUACAGGCUACGUGUUGAUUUGUGGGACUUUGAAGGCAAUCAUCGUCAUGCUGAAUAUGAUGACUUCAAGGUUGACGAUGAAAAGGCAAAAUACCUGCUGCAUUUUGGGAAGUACAAUGGUACUGCUGGUGAUUCCCUCAAAGACAACAACAACAUGAAAUUCAGUACAAAGUACCAGGACAAUGAUAACUGGAGCGGAAACUGUGUACAGGAUCGAAAAGGUGCAUUCUGGAUGAAUCAAUGCCAAGCUUUCAACCCAAAUGGUAUAUAUCACUUUGAUCCAAAGUACAAUGCUCAUGAUGCCAUUUGGUGGUAUAGUUGGAAAGGAACCUAUGCUUUAAAGAAAGUUGAAAUGAAGGUCCGCCCUAUGCUGUUUCACAGAUUUUAG